AUGGCGGAAGAACCAGCGCCAGGUCUCUCCUUCCCAACCGACCCCCGAGACUUCCAUACAGACGAGCGCAUCUCCUUCUCGAAGCUCGAUAACAAACACAUCGGCGUUCUGGACGACGGCACAGAGUUCGAGUGGGACGCCCAGCUGAAGCGAUGGAUCCCGACGCUCGACGAGGAGCUGCUCGCACAGCAACAGUCUGCUUACGCCGGCGGCGCAACCUCAGACGACAGCAGCAGCAAUAACCAGACGAAUAAACGGAAGAACGGCGCAUCCUCCGACCGGCCAAGCAAGAAGCAGAAGGCGCCGCCGCAGCCACGCCAGAACACGGCGAUAUACGUGACGGGGCUGCCGCUGGACGUCACGGUGGACGAGGUGGCAGAGGCGUUCUCGCGCAAGUGCGGCGUCAUCGCCGAGGAGAUCGAUAGCGGACGGCCACGGAUCAAGCUGUACAACGACGAGCAGGGCAGCUUCAAGGGCGAUGCCCUAGUAGUGUUCUUCAAGCCGCAGAGCGUCGAUAUGGCCAUCAUGCUGCUAGACGACACGGAUUUCCGCUACACGGCCUCCGGUCUCGCAAGCGGACGCAUGCGCGUCCAGGCUGCCGACUCGAGCUACAAAAAGACGACCUACGAGAAGGAGAACGGCGACAAGGCAGGAGGAGGCGGAGACGAGCGAAACAAGCCCUCCAACGGCGAGAACACGGCGAUCACAGGCGGCGGCGGUGCGGGCGCCCCCAAGCCGGACCGCGCGCGCGCGCAGGACAAGCAGAAGAUCAUCAAGCGCACGCAGAAGCUGGACGCCAAGCUCGCGGACUGGGACGACGACGACCCGUACGGGGGCCAGCUGGAGACGGCGGCGAAGCGCGACCGCAUGGUGAUCCUGCGGCACAUGUUCACGCUGCAGGAGCUCAACGAGGACCCGGCGGCCAUGCUCGACAUCAAGGACGACAUCCGCGAGGAGUGCGAGAAGCUCGGGCCCGUGACCAACGUCGUGCUGUACGACCUCGAGGAGGACGGCGUCGCGAGCGUCAAGUUCAAGACCCCCGAGGCGGCCGAGGCGUGCAUAGCGAUGAUGGACGGGCGGGCGUUUGACGGUCGGACUGUCAGGGCUGCGAUGGCGGUGGGCAAGCAGCGGUUCCGGCGCUCGGAUAAGAGUCAGGAUGACGCGGAGUUGGAUGAGGGCGAGGAUUGA